AUGUGGGCCAACGCACCUCUUCCGAGUCGAAAACUAUCGCAUUCUACCAAUGACAGACAAUCAUCUCAGCCCAGCGCUCCAUCGUUUCUCGGUCGGCUGUUUCAUAAACCGAAAAUGAUUUCCAACCGACCAUCACGACCUCACCGAGAACGAAAACGCGCCACUUCGUUUCAAGAAAGCAUGGAUAUGCCGCAUGUCAACGAGAUCAAUCUCGCAAAUUACUUUCAUAUUUCACCGGCAUUGGAGGAUCCACUGCCAUCGACACUUUUGGCGGGAGCCACCCUGCGGUCUCGGAAACUGCAACAAUUGGACGAGCGCAGUCGAAUGUAUAUGGCGACACUGUACAAACUCAAGAGCUUGCAACUGGAAGAUUUGCGACGGUGUCUUGUUGUUUAUCAGAUUCUUGGAGGAUUGCAGCGGGCGAAUAAUACCGUAUUGAUGAAAGAGAUCACACGUCUGUAUCAGUCUCAAAUGUAUGAGCGUGAAUUCCUGGCUCAGUUGGGAACCGCACAAACCAUGGGUAAAUCGAGACGUACGCGAUACAUUUUUAUGCUGCUGGAGGAUCCCAAUCCAGUGAGGCAUCCGAUUCGCGACGCUAUGCAGCGGCGUCGAAAGUCAUAUACAGAAACGACCAUCGUGACCACUCUGCGACAAGUGGAAAACGAAGAAGAAGAAGUAGCAGCCGAAGUGGAGGAAGGAGAGCCAGGCGGAGACAUGGAGGGUGAUCCAUCCCUGUCUGGCGAGACGUUACCGGGGAAAUCCAAAAAAGCAAAGUGGGAAUAUGUGAGUGCUACAUUGUUGGAAUACGAUAAAGAGGAUGGUCGAUCGAUGACAAGCUUAGAAAAGCAUCGACUGAAAGGUGCUUCGGCCUCUCAACUCACAUUAUCCUGCCCUAUGCCGCCUGCUGUAUCUAUACGACCAUUGACAACCAUUGAAUUACCAAGACGCUACUCGGACGAUGAGUUUUAUCUUUCCCAGCUUAAAAUUCCAGUCGAGAUUCGUCAACUUGGCGACAAGCAUCAUGGCAAUUACGCGACGACCAAAUCCGGUCAUGCUUGGCUUAAACUUAAAAGUCCUUCCAAAUCAAUUACACAGUGGCUUCGAAGGAAACGGUUUGGCCAACAGCUGCAUCCAUCGGCCCUUGUGGAACCGCAAGCACUGUAA